CACUAGAUUCAAAACGUUGAAUUUGCUUUCUCGGCGCACAUUCUGGGCUUUUGCAGCAAUUUCUGUUUUUUGAAUAAAAUUGCAUAAAUUGCGAAUACGUAUCUGCAUACCCACAAAGAAAACAAUGUAUCGAAUUCUGAGUCAUAGUGUCAUAUGAAUUUGCUGGAGAUGGUUUGUUUUCAGAUUUCUCAGCGACUAGUAUUACUGUACGCCCGUGCAUUUUUGAACAGGGAAGACAUUCUUAUUGAUGUGGUCUGCUCGCCUCCAACAAAAUGAAGCGGCCGGAGUAGGACAGUGGGUGAAGUGCAAUGCAAUGCCCUUGCGUUCUUUUCGUGUGGAAGCUAAGGGGCCGCGUAGGCCCGCGCGUGCGCACGGUGUUCAGAAUGGUCCGGGAUCGCUGACUGACCCCUCGAGCUGGAGCGUGCACUGGGGCGACAUGGGCCUGACGGGCUGCCGGGGAGAAUGAAGCGGGCACGUUCCACUCAGGGAAGCUCGCUCGCGGCUUGGCAACAGCGCGGAGCGUUGCGCGUUUCUUCACGCGGUGACUGUGCAAUGUGCGUAACCGACGCUCGUGCAUUGUUUUGUCCGACCAAGACUUGAGUCAACUGGGAGGAGACUUGAUUCAUCGAGCAGCGAAAGCGGAGUGAAGUUGGAGCGGCGCCGUGUGAGGGAAUGAUCCAGGGAUGUCUGUGACCUCUCGACUCGGCCGUCGGAUCAAUCCUUUCCUCCUUUUCCUGCUCCGCGUCCCGUCUGCUGAAGAAUGUGAAAGUUGUCCGGACUCUCGUUUGAGAUGAAAUAUUAUUUGACCCUGAAAAUAAGAGGAGAGGAAGUGUUUGUGUUCUGAGGUCCUUGAGUGUGGUUGGAGCCGAGGCCGAUGCUGAGUUUUGUGUCCAAAAGCCAUGCAGCAGCCUUAUGAUUUCUUCAGUGAAGAGAACAGUUUGAAAUGGCGGGGGCUCUUUGUACCAGCUUUACGCAAGGUUCAAAGGCAGGUCCAUCCAACUCUCUCAGCAAAAGAAGAUGCCCUCUUUUACAUAGAAGAGUUGAUUCUUCAGUUAUUAAACAUGCUCUGUGUUGCACAACCCCGGACUGUUCAAGAUGUAGAGGAACGUGUUCAGAAAUCUUUCCCACACCCAAUUGACAAAUGGGCUAUUGCUGAUGCACAGUCUGCUAUUGAGAAACGUAGAAGGAGGAAUCCUCUUCUUUUACCAGUGGAUAAAAUACAUCCUUUAUUAAAGGAUGUGCUAGGUUAUAAAGCAGAUUAUCAUGUUUCUCUCUACAUCGUGGCUGUGCUGGAAUACAUUUCAGCUGACAUUUUGAAACUAGCUGGAAACUAUGUGGGCAAUAUUCGACACUAUGAAAUUUCACAACAAGACAUUAAAGUGUCAAUGUGUGCAGAUAAGGUGCUUAUGGACAUGUUUGACCAAGAUGACAUUGGUCUGUCUUCAUUGGGAGAUGAUGGACCAAAUUCUACAGGUGAACAGCACUACUAUGACUUGGUGAAAGCUGAAAUUGCAGAAGAAAGGCAAUACCUACGAGAAUUGAAUCUGAUUUUAAAAGUCUUUAGAAAGUCAUUUACAUCCAACAAUAAGCUGUUUACUGCUCGUGACAUCGAAAUAAUCUUCAGCAACAUCCUAGAUAUUCAUGAACUGACUGUAAAACUGCUUGGAUUAAUGGAGGAUACUGUUGAGAUGACAGAUGAAAGAAGCCCUCAUCCAUUUGUUGGCAGCUGCUUUGAAGAUCUGGCAGAGGAGCAAGUAUUUGACCCAUAUGAGUUGUGUGCACAAGACAUUCUCUCACCACAGUUUCAUGCGCAUUUCAGCAAUUUAAUGUCCAGGUCAGCAGUAGCCUUGUAUUUUCAGUCUAUUGCUGAAGGUUUCAAAGAAGCUGUUCAAUAUGUACUUCCACAACUAUUGCUAGUCCCAAUAUAUCAUUGUUUGCAUUACUUCGAUCUGUUGCAGCAACUAGAGGAGCGAAGUGAAGAUGAAGAAGACAGAGAGUGUUUGAAACAAGCCAUUACCACUUUGCUGAAUCUUCAGUGUAGUAUGGAACGUAUCUGCAACAAGCACCUACCUAAACGCAGGGCAGGUCAGCCUUUACCUCGCCUCUACAACCACCAGAUAAGAAGUAAACACCUUGCCAUCAAGAAAAUGAAUGAAAUCCAGAAAAACAUUGAUGGAUGGGAAGGUAAAGAUAUUGGACAGUGCUGCAAUGAAUUUAUAAUGGAAGGAACACUAACACGUGUAGGAGCAAAGCAUGAGAGGCACAUCUUUCUUUUUGAUGGACUAAUGAUCAGUUGCAGGAUCAACCAUGGACAGUCCCGGUUACCUGGUUGUAGCAACGUCGAAUAUCGGCUCAAAGAAAAGUUUCUAAUGCGAAAAGUGAAAAUCAUUGACAAAGAUAACUCUGGUGAAUGCAAGCAUACAUUUGAAAUCCUCUCCAAGGAUGAGAACAGUGUAAUAUUUGCUGCCAGAUCUGCAGAAGAUAAAAACAACUGGAUGGCAGCUUUGAUUUCACUUCAGUAUCGGAGUACAUUGGAGCGAAUGUUAGACUCCGUUCUUUUACAUGAGGAGAAGGAGCAACCACUGAGACUACCCAGUCCAGAUGUAUAUAACUUUGCGGAAGAAGAUUCUGAAGAGAACAUAGUAUUUGAAGAAAGUGUACAAGCUAAAUCUGGAAUACCAAUUAUAAAAGGAGGAAGUGUGCUAAAACUGAUUGAGAGGCUGACAUACCACAUGUAUGCAGAUCCUAAUUUUGUGCGCACUUUUCUGACAACAUAUCGUUCAUUCUGCAAACCCCAAGAACUGAUGAGCUUGUUAAUAGAAAGGUUUGAAAUACCUGACCCAGAGCCCACUGAGGCAGAUAAGCUCGCCAGAGAGAAGGGUGAACAGUCGAUUAGUGCAGAACUGAAGCGGUUUCGUAAGGAGUACAUUCAGCCAGUGCAACUCAGGGUGCUAAAUGUGUUUCGACAUUGGGUAGAACAUCAUUUUUAUGACUUUGAGAGGGAUAACAUGCUACUUAAUAGGUUGGAAGCAUUUAUUUCAAGUGUAAAAGGGAAAGCCAUGAAAAAGUGGGUAGAAUCUAUUACAAAAAUUAUUAACCGCAAGAGACAAACUCAAGUAAAUGGAAUCAGUCAUGCUAUUACUUUUCCGGAUCCACUACCUCAAAUUGAAUGGCAUAUUAGUCGACCCGGGCAAAUUGAGACAUUCGAUCUUAUGACUCUUCAUCCAAUUGAAAUAGCACGACAGCUUACACUUUUAGAAUCUGACCUUUACAGGGCUGUUCAACCAUCUGAACUCGUGGGAAGUGUCUGGACAAAAGAAAACAAAGAGUUAAAUUCUCCAAAUUUACUGAAAAUGAUUCGACAUACAACAAACCUUACUCUGUGGUUUGAGAAGUGUAUUGUAGAAGCAGAAAACUUUGAGGAGAGAGUAGCAGUUUUAAGUCGAAUUAUAGAGAUCUUGCAAGUUUUCCAGGAACUCAACAAUUUUAAUGGUGUCCUGGAAAUUGUCAGUACAGUAAACUCUGUGCCAGUUUAUAGGCUGGAUCACACUUUUGAGGCAUUGCCUGAGAGAAAGAAAAAAGUUUUAGAAGAAGCAGUGGACCUAAGUCAAGACCAUUUCAAGAAGUACCUAGCUAAACUUAAGUCAAUAAAUCCACCUUGUGUGCCUUUCUUUGGUAUUUACUUGACAAAUAUUCUUAAAACCGAAGUGGGGAAUCCAGAUUUUCUAAAACGAUGCGGGAAAGAACUAAUAAAUUUUAGCAAACGAAGGAAAGUAGCUGAAAUCACGGGCGAAAUUCAACAGUAUCAGAAUCAGCCCUACUGCCUACAAGUGGAGACUGACAUAAAGAAAUUCUUUGAAAAUCUGAAUCCAAUGGAGAACAGAAAUGAAAAAGAGUUUACAGACUAUUUGUUCAACAAAUCAUUGGUAAUUGAACCACGAAACUGCAAACAGCCACCACGCUUUCCAAGAAAAACAUCAUAUUCCUUAAAGUCUCCAGGAAUAAGACCAAAUCCCUCAAGGCAUGCCUCUACCUCUGCAAUCCCAAAGAAUCCUAUACAGGAACCAUGCAAGAUCAGCUUCAGCAGAAUUCCUGAAACUGAAAAUGAUUCAACAUUGUCUAUCCCAAACUCCCCAAAUACACCAUCAACUCCAAGUGUAUUUGCUUCUCCUGAGUUCAAUGUGUUUGAUGGAGAUGUUUCCAGCCCUACCAGUAGUUCAAGUUCAGUCUGUUCCACGAUCUUUGCUCCUGUUCACAUUGGUGCUGGUAGUAACACCAUUUUUGCAUCUGUCCUGCUGCCACCAUCCAAACCUCACUCAAGUUCAAGUUAUCAUACUUCAAGUGAAGAUUCAUCUACUCCUCCACCUCUUCCUCAACGAAAUAAGCCUGCUUUAGAUUUGUUAAAUUCUAAGACAGCUUCAAAUAUGCCAGAUAGUCCUCCUGCUAUUCCACCUCGGUUGCCUCGGGUUCCUGGAUUACAUGUUCACUCAGAUGGGCUACUGCACAGUCCUCCUCCACCUCCUCCGAGGGAUCCGUUGCCUGAUACACCUCCACCCAUACCACUAAGGCCUCCUGAGCACUUCAUGAACGAUCCUUUCAAUAUCCAGCCAGCACCAAAGAGCCACCUAUAUCGAGAUCAAGACUGGUACAGAGAAUCAGGCACAAAUCUUAUUUCCCCCAGGACUCCUCCUCCAACACCAUCUCCCAUGAUUAAACGACGUUCAAACCACAAUAACCCUAUUUAUUCCUCUGCUCCUCCUAUACCUCCCAGACAGAACUCUAGUCCACUGCUGCCAAAACUUCCACCAAAGACUUACAAACGAGAAUUAUCGCAUCCUCCUUUGCACGGAGGUGGACUGCCAUUGCUGGAAAAUGCAGAAAUUCCACACUUACACUAAAUUUGAAGCACUGUGGGAAAUCGGGCAUCUGUAUUAAGACACUGGGGCAAGAAAAUGUAUUGCUGUCUUUAACUUCUUUUGUCAUCUUGUUAAUAAUUGUGCACUGUGAAGAUUGUGCACUUGAGAAACUGGUAUUGGAGUAAAACUGAAUCUUUGUUUCUUUCAGACCACAGAAUGGGACAUUAUUGUGAUCUCCUCUCAGUAGCAUUUUCUUUCCUCAGACUUACAGUGCCAACAUAAUUACCUUGAAGUGUAACAAGUUUGCAUUUGCACUGUACAAAUGAAUUAACUUAUUUGAACCAAUCAUUGCACUGAGCCAACAAGAUGAAUCUUUGAGACAUAUUUGAGCUCUAGUGGCCUUGUCAAGUGAUGGAAUUUCACAGACAUCAGGAAGGAUAUUAUAAUGCUGAUCCUGAGUGACUUUUCAUUUUGUUAGAAUGAGCUUUAUAGAUCUUUUACUGAAAUUCAAUAUUUGAUGCCGAUCACCUAAGGACAAACUUUCUGAAAUGUGGCGCUUUAUACAACUUAUUUCUGUAAUCAAGUUCUAUUGGUUGACUGCUUCAAAUUUUAGAGAAGAAAUUGUAACACUAAUCAGAGGUUUUGAAAGAAAAAAGCUGUCUAACCUGCAUCAAUAUGUAAAAUGAUGUAGUCAGUUUGUAAACAAACAAGCAAUUAUAACUCAAGAUCAGGAUUUCUUUCAAUAUUUCUUGUGAGCAUGCAUCUUUUCUCAGAUGUGCCUUUUGAUUUCAUUUGUAAACAAGAUUAUCUUCAAUUAUCAAGUCACCUAAGAACUCAAAAAUGAGAACAAAAAUGAUUGUGAAUGUACAGUUUUGUUUUUACUGUAUACAUAUAGAUGACACCUGUUUUGUAUGGACUGAAUGGAGUAAUAUAAACAAUCUGCCAUCUGUAUACUCCAUCAAAAUCUUAACUGCUGUGGAUCAAGAACAAACCAACCAAAAUUCUUCUGAUGCAAACCACAGUGCUAAACUGGCUCUGCUGUAGCAUUUUAUUAAAUCUCCUGUAGACUUCUUUCAGUAUUGUAUUUGAACCAAAAUACACUUCAAACUUUACUAAAAAUAAAUUAAAUAUAGUAGCCAUGACCUAAAAUUGCCUACUUGCCAUAACUCGUGGUGUAUGAAAAGGUGAAGAAUUUGUUGUUUACCAGUAGUGUUGUAGCUGCUUUCCUGAAGUGACUUAUGAUGGUCUUUUCAUUUAAUGUAAUGUGGCCUUCCAUUUGUACUUUGUAUUUGUGACUUUAAUAAGAUUAAUAAAUUGUCCAGUCUUAAUUUUUA